AACAAUUGACAUUAAAGAAUUCGGUCGCUUUGUAAAUGUUAGAUGUCAAUCAGAAUCAAAAAUAAAUAAAUCAGAAUUUUUACAACAAAGUUUGAUUUCUAAGACGAUUGUUAUUGCCGUGGAGGAAGGGAGAGACGAUAGUGUGGGUGACGCAAUAUUGUCUAUAUUUAGGGCUAAAAUGAUCAAAGAUAACCUUAUCAAAGUGUGGCAGUUGAAGGUUUAAGUGGCGAAAUGGACGCAUUACACAGGAUUGACUGCAGCUUGUCGCCUAUCAGUAUCGAUCAAAUCGAACCAAAUUUAUUUCUUGGUUCAUUGUCUGCAGCCAAAGAUGUGGACACUCUGGCAAGGUACAAAAUAACCCACAUUCUGACAAUAGACACCUGUCCUUUGCCUCGAAAAAUCCUGGAACUGAAACACAUCACCACGAAAUACAUCCAGCUGUCUGAUCAACCCAAGGAAGAUUUAUUGAGUCACUUUGACGAUGCUGGGGCUUUUAUUCUCGAAGGUGUGACCAAAGGGGCUGUAUUGGUGCACUGCUACUUCGGCGUCUCCCGAAGCGCCAGUGUUGUUAUAGCCUAUGUCAUGAAAAAAUACGAAUUGAGUUACAAGGAGGCUUUUGAGAAGGUCAAAGCGAAGAGGGGUUUAGUGUACCCCAACCACGGUUUUGUGUCUCAACUCCACUUGUACAAGGAAAUGGGCUACAAAAUCGACCCAAACAACAUGAAGUACAAGCUGUUUAGAUUAAACGUCGCCGCUAAUCACGUGAAGAAAGUGAAAAUCCUUCCACAAAACUUCAUGGAUUUGAUCAAAUUUGAUCCCGGGUUGACUCAAACGCAGCCUGAGCCCAACGUCUACAGAUGCAAGAAGUGUCGAAGAGUUUUGGCGUCCGAGUCCAAUCUGAUGACGCACAAGGUUGGGGGCGAGGUUUGUACCAAAACUUAUUUUCUUGAACCGCUGGCUUGGAUGAAUGUCACUCAGACAACCCAGGAUAAGUUGUAUUGUCCAAAGUGUAACAGUAAAGUUGGCUCGUUUAGCUGGAUCAUGGGUUGUCUGUGCCCUUGUGGGGUCCAAGUGGCCCCGGCCUUUUAUUUGACACCAUCCAAGGUUGAUUUCACCAAUGUUGUGAAGAACGUUGAAAUGACUUUUUAAGUACCUGAUACGUGAGAAACAAUAAUAUUAUCCCAGAAAAGUCUUCCAACUUUUUUUGUGAUUCUUGAACGGAAGGAAGCCUUUUCAAAUAAAUUCAUUUUGGGAUUUGUAUCAAGCCAAAUAAUCAGUGCUUCAUUAUUAAUUACAAUAAUUUCAUGUUGUGUUUUGUGGCAAAAUUGUGAUAUUGUUAUAAAUAUGGUGUGAUCAAAAAUUUCCUUGAAGUUUGGAUGCCUUCAUAAUUUUCGAGGAAAAUAAUUAGGGCUGUCUCCGGUACCGGCACACUAGUUUGACUCCCAUAACUCUCCUACUUUUAAUUUUUCGUUUGAGAUUGCUCACAGUUACUGAGAAAAUUGUUGUAAUAGACAAAAAGGACCACUUUCUGAAUACUUGAUAACUUUGAAUUUAUUAAGUUUGUCGACGCCAAUCGACUUCUUGGAACGUUUUGCAUUUCAAUUUCAAAUUUUGUUUAAAAAACAAAGAUUUUUCGUAAGCUUAUUUUAAAUUAUUAAAACUUAAAAAAAUAUGCUAGUUAAACAAAAAAAUUCCACGGUUUUUCUCGUUAUCUGAACUGUACUCUGUACUGCUAUUACUAUUUAAUGCCAAGAUUUUAAAUUUGUUGGGAUGGUCACUUUAGUUCUAGGUGAAAAGAUUAGAACUCGGAAACUCAAAUUUCCGCUCGAUAUUUCGAAAAUGAUUCGUCAUACAUUAAACUGGCGGUCUGGUUAUAAUUAAAAAAAUUUUUGAAUUAUUUUUACGGCUUAAUUUUGAUCGAUCGUUGUAGAAUUUUUCAAGAAUUCACACCUUUCAAAAAACGAUAUUUUUAUUUUUGUGAGGCUUUAGGGCUCCUAAAGGUGCAAAAACGACAAGUUUUCACCGAUUUUCAGUUUUGCCAACAUCGGAGGCAUGCCAAGUAAUUACUACUGUUCAACGCACAUAAUUUGAAAUUUUUGAUGGCACUAUAUUUGUAGGAUAAGAAAGUAUUAAAGUCUAUUUUUGUGUAAUUUUUGGCUCCAACAGGAGUAACGUAAUAAUGUUAAUUUAAAACUCGUUGUUAUAAGGUAACAUAAACAAAUGCUAGAGCAAUACUUUUAAUGAAUAUAAAAAAAAACAGUGAUACAAUAAUCAACACUUCACUGAACAUAAAUACAGUAUUGACCUUUCCAGGUAUUAUAUUGAUGGCCAAAAACAGAUAAAAGAAUUAAAUUGUACAACCUACAUUAUGCUUAUUUUGUUACGUUUAUUACUUAUUUUUAGUCUUAGAAAGAAGUGUUUUAGUGUUUGUACUUGAGUCAAGUGUAGUGUCUUUGUUUUUAAAAGAUCCGUUGGCUGUUAAUAAAGUGAUUAUAAUUUUUGAA